AAUUAAUAAUAUUAUUAUAUUAUUAACAAUAUUUAUAUAUCUAUAAUCUAAAUUAAUAAUCCACUGUUGACGUCAAUUAUAAUAAUAAAUGUAUGUGUCUGCGAUAUUGUUGAGACGCUGUCAAGGUUAUGUUUAUGUUUAAUGUAAAAUCUUAAAUAAUUUCAACAUUCGUAUCAUUUUAAGUAGACAAUUCUACACAAUACUAUCUAAAAAUGAGUGACACUUUAAAAACGAUUAAGGCAACUUGUGGUCGCAACAAAUACAAAUUGACAUUAACUUCAAAGAACACUCUAAAAUUAAGUGAUCUUAAAAAUGUAAUUUCAAAUGCAACUGGUCUUUCUUAUCAAGAAGAAGAUGGUGAUGAUACUGUCUCGGUUGUUCCUAUGAUAGACGGUGAAUUGAUCAUUGAUCCAAGGGUUGAUAUUUUGUAUACUAUUCUCAUAGAUACUCCAAUGCAUCCUUUAGCUAAUUUCAAUGCUCAAAAAUCAAGAAAACUAAUGGAGAUCGUUAAAGAAUUAGCACCACCACCACCUUCACCAGCAGCUGAAAAUUCAUAUGACAGUGAUGACAGUUUAAUGCAUCCACCAAAAAAAAUUCGUAAAUUGAUACAAAAAAAUAAAGCCCCAUGUGGAAAGAAAAUUGUAAACAAAUAUAUUACGAUUAGAUGGAUUCAUUAUUUUUUUGGUAGUAAAAAUUAUGGCUGAUAGUAUUUCCAUAUCAGGUGAAUCUGGUAUUUUACGACGUUUUAGUCCUAGACUUACUAGUGUUCUUUUAAAAUGUCUCAACGAAAUCAAAAUUCGAUGCUUCUUUUUAAGGAAAUCUACAAUUUCUUGAUAACCAUAUCCUUCUCUGUGAUAAUAUUCAAUCAGUUUAUUCCUGUAUUCAACUACAUCAUCAUGACCAGCCUGACCAACUCCAAUUACACCAGCACCACCAGCGUCUGUCAUUUCAUAUUUAAUAUUGCAUGAUUAUAUAUAGAGCAUUAACUACAGUAUAGUAAUUUGAUUUGAUUUUUUAUAUUAAUUACCUGUGUU